GGCUCUGACAGAUCUUCUCAAGCAGCCUGGGACAGUGACUGUGGACCAGAUGGGGCUGGAGAGGACUGGGGCCUGUGUCGAGGUUCCCAUGGGAGGCAAUGGAGUGGUGGGAGUGUCUGAGAGAACAAUGCCGAACAGCGGUGAUCACAGGUAUUUAAACAACGCGAAUCUGGGCUUGAUGAGGGCGCAUAAUAACCUCACCACAUCCAUAUCGAUUCCUGGGUCGCCCUUUAACAGAUACACCUCACUCAAACCAGUGGAAACAGCUGGAAGCCAAUACUACAAGCACUACCCAAUGGCAGCCCGGGCCACUCAGCCCAAGCCAAUCGGACUGCACCCCAAGGACAAGCCCCUCCCCCAGGCCCCGGACCUCCACACCCCAUUGGCUGCUGCGCUAAGCCCCUCCCUCCAGUCCAAGUCCAAGGUUUCCAAGGUGACACAGCCCCUGACCUCAAACUCCGCCUUCAAAGCCUGGGACACCGCCCACAACCACCCGCAUCAGCAGCCCCGCCCCCAGCCUCAACAGCAGAGCAGGUGUCAGGCAUUCAGCCACAAGCGUCAGUUCAGUAUUGAGAACCUGCCUGAGCUUUUUAACCAGCCCUUGGGUUACGGGCGCCCCUCAAUGCAGUCCAGCCAGAGACAAUGCUCAACUAACAGCAAGACUGAAGUGACCGUCUAAACUCCCAGUUAGAGCCCCGUUCAGUACAGUGGAGUAAGUGCCGUGGUCUUCUCUAAAUUAGCAGGCUGCAGUUGUGUGUCUGUGAACUUGUAAUCUAAUGCAACUGCUAGAGCCACACUCGCUGACUCCCAGUCCCUCCUCAGCUCCGCUAGAGCCACACUGCUUCCCUCCCAGUCCCUCCUCAGCUCCGCUAGAGCCACA